AUGACGGGUCGACAAAUCCACGACAAGACCAGCGAGCCCAUCAAGGAUGGCUACCACGUCUACACCAAGAUCCGGGGCGGCCGACACGAGGGCGAUGUGGAGAAGAUCGUGACAUCUACAUCCGAAGCAGAGAAGGAAGGUGUCAAGAACCCGCCGAAGGUACUGUUCACAGACCAGGAGGGCAAGGAUGUAGCACACAACCCACAAACGUUGGAAGUAAAAGAGCAGCCGGAAGAAUACAACAGCUCAGACCAAGUAGGUGCUUGA